AUGGAGGAAUCAACAUACAAAUGCUAUUAUGACUUUUGUCACAGAGUGUACAAAACAAAAUUCAAUCUCAGAAGACACAUAAACUCGUCACACUUGAAAAUAAAGUGUUUCCUGUGCUCAGACUGCAAAAAACAGUUCGUAAGUAAACAAAAUCUGAAGGAGCACAUGCUAAUUCAUACCGGGGAGAAGCCAUUCAUUUGCGAAGAAUUGGGGUGUGGGAAGAAGUUUCGGCAGGCUUCACAGCUUUUGGUCCAUCGGAGGAUACACGACCGUCAAAGAGUCGCCAUGAAAUGCCACAUGGAAAUCCAGCCUUUGCUCUUAACUGAUAUAGAAAUUCCAAAAGACUUUUACUUCCAGGCCGAGCCUAAAAAGAAAAAGGAAGAAAAAAUUGAGCUUCCAAUCAUCAGCUCUGAUAAAAUCGUGAAGAAUUCUAAGCUGCCAGUGCUUCCGAUUCUUCUUAAUCAUAUAUAA